AUGGUGUUGUUCUAUAGUGAGGCGGGUCAUGGGUGGGUCAAGUUGAAAUUUAGUUUCACUGCACUUCACAACGCAAUGCCUCGUUCUCCAUUCAUGUACUAUCUCUACUUUUUCUUCAUUAAGCCAUCGCCGGCUCUGCAUUGGAAACAAUUAGCAAGAGUGACCCGCUCUCAGUGCUUUCUGUUGAGCAAAUCUCAUAUAUUUGUCAGUGGACUGAAAGGGACUGUUAUUGAGUUCUGCAAGAACAUUGUCUUAGCCGGAGUCGGUAGUUUGACGCUAAAUGAUGAUCGACUUGUAACAGAAGAGCUACUGUCUGCUAAUUUCUUAGUUCCUCCUGAUGAAAAUGUGACCCAUGGGAAAUCACUUGCUGAGCUUUGUUGUGAAUCACUGAAAGAUUUCAACCCUAUGGUUUCUGUUUCUGUUGAAAAAGGUGAUCUGGCCAACUUCGAUGUUGAAUUCUUUCAGAAGUUUGAUGCUGUUGUCAUCAGUUGUUGCUCGCUUCUGACGAAAAAAUCGGUCAAUGUGAAGUGUCGCAAUUUGCCAAGACGUGUCGCAUUUUAUACAGUAGAAUGCCGAGAUUCAUGCGGUGAGAUAUUUGUUGACUUGCAGAAUUACAGCUACUCCAAGAAAAAGAAAGAAGAAACAAUUGAAUGCCAACUACAGUAUCCGAGUUUUGAGGAAGCCAUUGCAGUCCCCUGGAGAUCUCUACCCAAGAGAACGUCAAAGCUAUAUUUUGCCAUGAGAGUUCUAGAGAGGUUUGAAGUGCUUGAAAAGCGAAAUCCUCAAGAUACUUCUGCAGAUGACCUUCCAAAUGUUCUGAAGUUGAGGAAGGAACUUUGUGAGGCACAGUGCAUAAAUGAAUCUCAGAUCCCGGUUCCUCUCCUGCAAAGGUUGUUAGCAGCUAGAGUUGAAUUUCCUCCAGUUUGUGCCAUUAUAGGAGGAGUCCUUGGACAGGAGGUUAUAAAAGCAAUAUCUGGAAAAGGUGAUCCUCUUAAAAACUUUUUCUUGUUUGAUGCCACGGAUGGCAAAGGAAUAAUAGAGGACAUAUCAGGAUAAUCAGUGGCUUGUGGUAAAAAUUCUCUUUAUUAAUGCUAACCUUAUUUGUGGAUUUGUCACCUAUGGAUGAACUUUCAGUAUGUAAUUACU